CGGCGCGCUGCGGCCGGCGCACCGCGCUGAUCUGACGGCAGGAGCCAGGUGCUUCUCCUGGUCUCCCAUGGGGUGCAGGGCUCAAGCACUUGGGCCAUCCUCCACUGAACUCCCGGGCCAUAGCAGAGACGUGGCCUGGAAGAGGGGCCACCGGGACAGAAUCCGGCGCCCCGACCGGGACUAGAACCCGGUGUGCUGGUGCCGCAAGGUGGAGGAUUAGCUUACUGAGCCGCCGUGCGGGCCAAGAGGUCGCUUUUCUUCCAACACCUCCAAAAUUCCCCUGGGGAAGGGGGCGGAAGGUGGGGUUUGCACCUGGUAUGGAGAGGCGGAACCCCGGAGACCGUCGGACGAAAUCGCCUCCACGUUUCUCUAGAGCGGCGCGCACCACCUCCCCGGAACCUGCGGCUCGGACGCUGUGGUUCCGGUCGGAAGUCCCCGGCGACGCACGCUGUCAUGGCUGCGCCGGUGCUGAGGUGUGUUCGCGGGCUGGCGGGGCGAGUGGGCUUUGUAACGGUCCCGCGGAGAUAUCGACAUAAGAAGAAAUGGGCUUCCACAGAGCCCCGGUUCCCUGCCAGUCAACUGGCUCUGCAGAAUUUUGACAUGACUUACAGUGUGCAGUUUGGGGAUCUUUGGCCAUCUAUCCGUGUCAGUCUCCUCUCAGAGCAGAAGUAUGGUGCACUGGUCAAUAACUUUGCUGCUUGGGAUCACGUGAGUGCUAACCUGGAGCAGCUGAGUGCCAGGGACUUUGUGAACGACGCCGUCACCCACUGGGAACUGGAGCCUGAGAGUGGCCAAGCUACAACACCAUCCCCAGCCUCCUGGGCCUGUAGUCCAAACCUUCGAUGCUUCACUUUUGCCAGAGGAGAUGUCAGCCGCUUCUCUCCUGCAAGAGUUACAGAAUGGCCACAACAGCCCAAUUUGGACCGAUCUGAAGCCAGGAGCCAGGAGCCAGGAGCUUCUUCCAGACUUGGCAGCCAAGGUGUUAUGGACUACUACCUGAUGGAUGCUGCCUCCUUGCUGCCUGUCCUGGCCCUUGGCCUGCAGCCUGGGGACACCGUGCUUGACCUGUGUGCGGCCCCAGGAGGAAAGACAUUAGCAUUACUUCAGACUGGCUGUUGCCGCAAUCUUGCUGCCAAUGAUCUGUCCACUUCCCGGACAGGCAGACUACAGAAGGUUCUUCACAGCUAUGUGCCUCAGGGUAUCAGGGAUAGAGUUCGAGUCACCUCGUGGGAUGGCAGGAAGUGGGGAGAACUCGAGGGGGACACCUAUGAUCGGGUGCUGGUAGAUGUGCCCUGUACCACCGACCGCCACUCCCUUCAUGAAGAGGAGAACAACAUCUUUCAGCGGUCAAGGAAGAAGGAACGGCAGAUGUUGCCCAUGCUGCAGAUGCAGCUUCUUGCGGCUGGACUCCUUGCCACUAAACCAGGAGGCCAUGUGGUCUAUUCCACCUGCUCACUCUCACACUUACAGAAUGAGUAUGUGGUGCAAGGGACCAUGGAGCUCCUGGCCAAUCAAUACAGCAUCGAGGUUCAGGUGGAAGACCUGACCCACUUCCGAAAGCGCUUCAUGGACACUUUCUGUUUCUUCCCAUCCUGCCGGGUUGGGGAGCUUGUAAUACCAAACCUUAUGGCCAAUUUUGGGCCUAUGUACUUCUGCAAAAUGCGUAGACUGACAUAGCGUCAUCCUGUACCUGAAAUAGACAGAGUGUACCCUGCUGGAGGCAUUGGAAGCCAGGAGCAGUGGCAGAGCUGCACUCGUGUCUCGAUCCUAUUUGAGUCUUUCGGCAGAUAGUGUUCAGUAGUAGGAAGUAGGAGUUUUUCUGUGCUGCUGUCCAAUUGUGGAGCACCAGCAGGUUUCCAACUUACUUAUUAACUCCCAUCUCCAGACCUGUGCUAAAAGUUCCUGCCCUUUGAGGGGCCUAGAAUGAGGAGCCAGUGAGCAAGCCCAUACUUUAAGCUGUAAACUUGGGAAGAAGCAUUAAGUCAAUAAAAUUGUUGAAGUUCUACAGAGCUGGGGCUGCAGUGGGGCUUCAUGUCAGUCUAAGUACCAUUUGUUCAUUCCAGGCUUCAGCCCAGGGCCUCAGCCGGGGUGCAGGCCUCGGAUUACAGGCCCCUGUCACACUUGAACUGGAGUUCUGCCAAAUCAGUCCUGAGCAGUCAACAGGCCGAAACCUACCCAGUUUCUCCCUGUGACCCGUGGUCUAAUUUAAGGAACAAGCAACAAACAGUGUUAAGCCGGUGCAUCAUAAUCUGCCUCCUUACCCAUGUGAGAAAACUUUCCUGAGCUGGAAAAUUCUGGCCACUCCUCCUGCUGUCAACAGCAGUGCCACCUAAAUGUGGCUAGGAGGCUUGCUUUUGCCACAGGCAUGUCAUACAUGUCAUGUGUUUUCCUUUGUUCAUUCAUCUAGCAAUUGUUUGGCAAGCUCCUGUAGGACAGGUGGUUGGGGAGGUAGUAGAGAUGAAGUGGUUGGGAUCGUGGGAGAUAAUCAGACUCCCUCAUUUUUCAGAAUGGGACUCUCAUCUGCUUCCUGAGAGAAGUUUUCACUUCUUUUAAAGAUUUAUUUAUUGAAAUAUUUACCGAAAUUUAUAUUUGAAAGGCAGAGUUUCAGAGAGGGAGAGACACUGAGACAGGGCUUCUGUCCACUGGUUCAUUCCCCAAAUGACCACAACAGCCGGACUGGGCCAGGCUGAAGUCAGGAACCAGGUGCUUCAUCUGGUCUUCCAUGUAGGCAGCAGUCUGGUUUUUUUUUUAAUAAAAGAUUUAUUUAUUUAGUAGAAACUCAGAGUUAUAUACAGAGAGGGAGAGACAGAGAGCAAUCUUCACUUCGCUGGUUCACUUCUCCAGUGGCUACAACAGCUGAACUGAGACUGGUCGAAGCCAGGAAUCAGGAACUUCAUCGGAGCCUCUCCAUGGAUGGCAGGGGACCAAGCACUUGGACCAUCUUCUGCUGCUUUUCCAGGCCAUUUGCAGGGAGCUGGAUCAGAAGCCCAGAGCAGCCAGGACUUGAACCAGUGCCCAUAUGGCAUGCCAGUGUCACAGACAGUAGCCCUACCUGCUGCACCACAAUGUCAGCCCCAAGUCUGCGAUUUUUAUUCUUAUUUCUAGUCUGCAGCCGAGCUCUGGUGCCUGUCCUUGGCCCCUCCUCUAAGAGCUGUGCCCCACAGAGUAUGCAUGUGGGGCAAUAUUAUAUCACUUCAUAACUGCAUGUUGUCUGUGUUGUUUUUGUACCACUAGCCAAAAGAAAUUAACCUUUAGUGGCAGGGAUAUUAAAAAUUGCUUAUGGUCACCUACA